AUGGCGUUCAAGAAAACCCUAGCUGAGCGCCUCUUCAAUAUCUCAAAGAUCUCGACCCAGGCCUUGAGAAAUUGCCGGAUUUCCUCGUCGGCGGUGCAUCUCCGGCCGUCGGCGAAGCCUCGGGAGUCGAGCGAGCCGGGGGACAAUAAUGCCGUUUUCCGGCGGUUCCUCCACGAGAGAGCCUCCGCCGCGGAGAUCUGGUCGGUUCCGGUCGGCGAGAACCUGAUGGAGAAGCUCAGGUCCGCCGCCAUUUCCCGUAGCCGGAUUAGGCUGGACGGUUUGGCUCCGCCGGCGACGGAGAGGGUGUCUGCGCCGGCGGUGAUGGCCGGGUUGACGGCGGAGGAGACGAGGAAGCUGCUGAGGGCGGCGCAAAUGGAGGCGGUGAAGGCGAAGCUCCGGGAGGUGGAGAAGACGUGGGUGACGUAUUCGGAGUUUGUUAGGAUUUGCACGGAGGUUUGUUCGGAUCCGGAUCAGGGUCUCGGGUUUGCGAAAUCGCUGGAUGAGAGUGGCGCCGUUAUCGUUUUGGGGAAGGGCGUUUGCGUCAAACCUGAACAGGUAGCAAAAGCAAUCCAAGACCUCAUUCCCAUCCCUGGAGCCACUCCAAGCGAUGCAAAAAUGAGGGAGCUAGAAGACAUGGAGAAACAGAAAUCCAUAAUAGACCAGAAAGCUGAUGCCUUGGUGCGCAGAGAACUAUGGUUGGGGCUUGGCUAUCUCGUUGUCCAAACAGCCGGGUUCAUGAGGCUGACCUUUUGGGAACUCUCAUGGGAUGUGAUGGAACCCAUCUGCUUCUAUGUGACUUCAAUGUACUUCAUGGCUUGUUAUGCCUUCUUCCUCAGGACCUCCAAAGAGCCCUCUUUCGAAGGCUUCUUCCAGAGCCGUUUUGUUGCCAGGCAGAAGAAGUUGAUGAAGGAUCACAAUUUCGAUUUGGGUAGGUAUGAGGAGCUCAGAAAAGCUUGUUACUCGCUCUCAUCUUCUCCAUCGGAUCCAUCAGCUGCUUUUGAUGGAGCUAAGAGGAUGCCAAUGCAGUUUGGUUCCAAUGUUCUAUAGAAUGAUUAAUUUACAGAGGCUAAAAAAAUUUAAAUAACAAACCCCAAUUUUGCUCAACCAAAACCAGAGUUAACUCUAGAAAUUUAGUCGCCCCGGCUUUCUGUAAACAGUGAUGUGGAGAGCGUUAUGUUCCUUGUAGAUUUUCAUGGUUACCAAAUACAUUGCUGCUGAUCACUCUGAUUGACAACCAUUUCAUGAAUGAACUUAGUGUUGUUCCUCAACUUAAUUUAUCCAAGUUUCUCUCCC